CCUGGUUCAAAAGAUAUGUGCAAAAAGGUCGCGCAAGGUAUGGGUACGUAAGUAGCAAAUACACUGGUAUAACUGGUUUUUGUAUUUUAUAUGCAGCUGCAAGGGUUGUUUUCACACGAGGUGUUGUUAUAAAUGCUGCCUGUUGAUAUUUUCAUUAUAGUUUUGGUGCUCAAAAGUGUAAGAAGUGAAAAUAUAAGUGAAAACAAUAUAACUGAAACUAUAAAUAACUGGAUACGAAAUGACUUCAAGAAGAAACGAAUAUUUAUCAAGUGCAGCAUAUAGAAGGCUAACUGAGGAACAGCGAGAAUCAUAUAUAUAAUCUUUAUUUGAUGAAAUUUGUGACUUUGACUCAGAAGAUGAUGAAGAAAUUCAAAUCAAUGAAUUGAAAUUGCUGAUGACGAUGCUGAAGUUCCGCAAAGUGCCGCAGAAGUAUUACCUGAUUAUGCGGACUAUGAGGAUGAUGAAGAAGACGAUGAAGAAGAAAAAGUAGAAGAAAAUAAUGAAUUACCUGCUAGUGCCGAAAAAUUUGUUGCACGUGAUGGUACUGAGUGGUUGAAAGAACCAAAUGUAAGUCGUCAGGUACUCAGACAAAAUAUUAUAAGAGAACGUUCUGGACCAGCUAGAUUCACUGAAAUGUUGUCAAUAGAGCAAACAUUCAAAUGUUUCAUGAACAUUGAAAUGGCUGAUAUAAUUAUGCGCCACACAAAUAAGUUAGCAAAAGAAACUUAUAAUGCUUACAACAAUGCGCAUCCAAACACAACUCCUAAGUCAUGGACGCCUGUGUCAAUAACAGAGCUGUAUGCAUUUUUUGGCAUACUUAUUAUGACUGGUGCGAACCAUAGCAAUGGAGAACAUGUUCGAGAUUUAUGGAGCGUCAAAAACUAUCCUUUAUAUCGCGCCACAAUGGGAGUCAACCGUUUCUGUUCGACAUUGCGGUUCCUAAGAUUUGACGAUAAAAACACUCGUGCAACACGCUUACUAACUGAUAAAGCAGCACCAAUCAGUGAGUUGGGGACGAUGAUGAACAAUAAUCUUGCUGCACAUUACAAGCCCAGCUCAUGCUUGACGAUUGAUGAACAAUUAUUUCCUUACCGUGGACGCACACGGUUUACGCAAUACAUACCGUCAAAACCUGCUAAAUAUGGUGUCAAGGUUUGGUGGAUUUGCGAUGCCACAAAUGCAUAUCCACUGCAUGGACAAAUAUAUACUGGCCAAGCAGAAACUGGUAGGGAAACGAACCAAGGCGAACGAGUGGUGAAGGAUUUGUCUGCCAAAUACCAUGGAAGUAGCCGCAACAUUACAAUGGACAAUUUGUUUACGACCUUGCCAGUUCCAGAACUGCUUCUCACCUGGAAACUCACGAUCGUUGGAACUUUGCGCAAAAACAAAUCAUAUAUUCCUCAAGAAAUGAAGCAGAACAAAAACAGGACAAUUGGUUGA